AUGGGUGCCACGAUCUCCAGCCGCGUUGAUGGCACUUCAGUCAGUGAAUACGGCAAAGGAAAGUUGGAAUUCACGCCUCAGAAUGAAGCUUUGUUGAAUGACAUUGUGAGGCAGGUGGAGAGUCUUGUGAGUUCGUAUCCUCGAGAGGCAGAGACGAUUCUAAAAGAGCCUUUUAAAUGGCACAGCACCCUAAAACCUGACAACUUUGGAGAGUUGAAUUUUGGAUCGAUGGGAUUUCAGAUAACGUAUGUUAAUCUCAUUUGAUGUCAACUUUGGGAUAUGUAGUGACCAACUGUAAGAAAAUGAACAUUAAACGAGUAAUUUCCUAAAUUGUCUGACAGGUGAUUACAGCGUUAAUAAUAUACAUGAAAAAUUACAUGACUCUGAUUGGCUGAAAACAAGUGCUUUCUUGAAUUCUUCUUGAACUUCUGCAAUGUUUUUUCAUGUACAUUGUUAACAAUUAAUAACAAGUUUUCUCUCGCAAUUUGGUGUCAAGUUUUGAUGAAAGUAUGUUUGCAGGAAAAGGUCAAUUAAUUGCAAUUUGUCAAUUUUUUCACAUUACAGUGGCAGUGAUGUAAAAUCUGAGGCUAAAACUCCAAGUGGAGAGCAUUUGCUGUCUAUGGACAAGGUAUUUAAAUGAUUGAUAUUUACAUUGAUAGAUGGUUUUGUGUCAAAAUCGCAGGGUUUGCAUUGUGUUGAAGCUUACUUGAAUCGCUAAGUCUGAAAGAGUCAACUUUGUGUUCAAAGGCAUAUGUAAAAGAUGAAUACACUCUUUAUGGAGACACUUUCUGUGCAUUGCCACCUCAAAACAUUUUUGACUGAUUUUUAUGGCUAUACUCUGCUUUUGACAAUAACUUCUCCUCAACGGGGACUUAAACCACCAUUCAAGUUUUCUCUGUAUGUCUUGUUCCAUGAUUUCCCUUCACAAGAGUGACUUGGACAAGAUUUUCCUAUGUAAUACCAGCAUGUAGCAUAUACAUACUUGACAAUAAACAACAACCAAUUUUUAUCCAGGAGGGUGAAAAAUUUAUCCUGAAAGUGUGGACAUUCGAGCAGAUCGGCAGUGUUCUUAAAGUUGCAGGAGACAAGAAAUGCCAAGAGGCUCAGGCUUGCCUUGAAGGUACCACUUGCACAUAUGUUUUUUUUUUUUUAAUUUUAUGUUUUUUUUCAACUUUGCAUUGCAAACCUCAGGGAACAGUCAGGGAAACUGAACAAGAGGCUGGAAGGGGGCAGGAGGGGGGAGUGGACAGGCAACCUGUCAAGAAUAAGUAGCCACACUCUGAGUCAAUUCCUACUAUGGAAACCACAAUAAUCUAUAGCUGAAUAGUCCACAUUUUUCACUGUGAUCAGUUUCAUUGCUUAGUAAAUUCCUACCAUGGAAAUCCUGACAAGAUCUGGCUGGACAGUCCACACUUUUCAUUAUGAUCAGUUCCAUUGCUAAAUUUAAGUGUACAAUAAGACUUUCUUCCUUUCUAAAUUUUUUUUUACUUAUGCUAUUUGGCUUAUUUUUCUUUAGAAAACCAAGAUCCCAUGGCAAAUGUGAUGGGUGCUGCCUAUGCAGCUGUCAGCAGCAGUGACAGACCCUUACUGAAGGCCCUUGCUGAUCUUAGCAAAGCGCGAGAGCAAUCUUCAGAAAAUGUGGAAGAGCAGGAGGCAAGGUUCACUCUAUCACUUCUCAUCAGUGAAAUGGAUAAACAGCUUCUGGAAGCAUCUCACAAAACCAUCGCCAAGUAAGUUUCCUGUGCGCACAGUGCAUUAAUAAUGAAGUGAUGAAUAUGUCUAUUAACAUGUAUUUCCUUUGGGAGAUUAUGUGACCUAAUUGUUGGUGAGCUGGACUGCAGGUCGUAAGGUUUGAGGUUUAGACCUGAAGUGUCAAUUUGAUGUUUUCUUGGGCAAACACUUUAUUUUCCCCUGGGCUUGGGUACAGACUUCGCCCUGACUUAUUUCCUGGCAAUUAUACACUGUAUGUACAGUUUCUGUCAAUAAGCUAUUGCGUCCUUACCUACAUUUUUGUUGUUCAGUGAGGUAUUCUUUAUAGUAUUUCCCAUCACCCUGAAUUUUUCUUGCAGAGAAGUGAGACUAAACCCAAGUGCCGUGCAGGUAAUUUUCAAUAUUUACAUAUACUGUAGCAAAAACAAUUUUACUAAUUUUUUUUUUUUGGUGAUUCAUUUAUUAAGUAAUCUCAGAGAAGAACUUUUUUUUAAUUAAAAAUUGAAUUCUUGAUUUUGUAUCUGAUUUUAACAGGCUGAAUAUGAGCUACUAAAAUCCUUUGCUGGAGAGAAAGGACAGUGCCUGGAGUAUAUUGAAUGGACUCUUGGUAAGGUCCUUAAUUACUGAUACUAAAAUUAUGUCAAAUGAGAAAUGGAAAACUUCUUCAGCCAUAUUGGUACCAAACUUGUGCAAUGUUAUUUAAGGACAAUGUCAUUGAAAAUACUUGACAUUAAAACACAGACAGAUAGUGAACAUGAUAAUGCUGUCUCUCACCAGAUCACCAGUUCAGUAAUGGAUGCCAUGCCCCACCCUGGCAGCAAGUUCAUGGCGAUAUCAGCUACCUUGACAUCAAGCCAUUUGACUCCGACAAAUUGACUGUCACUGCUAACACAGCUGGUUAUUUUGUAAACAAAGGCCUGACCCAAGAGGGGCAGGUGAACUUUGAAAGAGAAGGAGAUGUGUAUCCCACACUAGUGGCACUCCUGAAGGCAAAGAGUCCCCAGUUUUCAUCCGCUAUUGAGAAGAAGGUAUUUUUCAAAUUGAUGCAAGUACCAUAAAUCUUCUAAUGAUCGUCUGGGUCCUUAGACUGCCUUUUCGAUUGAGUGUUGUGCAACCAAAACCAAAUCAAUCACAACAGUAAUUCAUCAGAAGGAAAAUAUUACAAGGAGCCAAUGAGAACUUGAAGUGAAAACAAGCAAAGUGCCUGAAGCGUGGGAAAACGUGGGCAACCGACACACGAUUUAUUUUAGUUUUGAAUCUGAUUGGUUGAAAAGGUGGCGUGAGUUUUCUGGACCAGUCACAUGACGAAGUAAAGCAAAAACAAAGAAAUCCCGGAUUGCUUUUAACACUCGAUUGAAAAUUGCUCAAUGUCAGGGGCACUUUUUAAGGUGGGGCUUAAUUAAUGAUGCAAAUGAUACUAAAUCUAGGGGAGGGAAGGGUGCAGUCACGGUUAUUAAAGUUGGAAGGGUUUUUUUCCAAUUUAAGCUAAAAGGAUGGGAACUUUUUUUCAGGGAAACGCUUAUUUGUGGGGAAUCACUAGAUGAAGGAUUGAUAGUACAUUAAAUAGCUCUCUCUUGAGCAAUAACAUUGUUGAACCUUGUAGGAGUUUGCGUAUUAUGGUUCCUCUGAAGAAAAACAGGACAAACCUGAGCGCAUUGAUGAACCUGCGAAGGACGAAGAAACAAAUGGAUCAGCUGGUGAAGAAGCUGUUGAUGUAGAGGCUAAAAAUCAAAUAAAGUAAGCUAUAAAAACUUACAGUCCACAAAGAUCAAGUGCUGUUCUGUCAGAUUUUACUCAAACAGACCCACCUCGGGUCGUUAAUCUACUAUAGAGGUAGCAAAUGGUAACUAUGAAAACGAUGGUUCGCCAAAAUUCUUCAGCCUUCGCGCGGAGUCGUGUAGUCUCGUUUAUAGUAAAUUUUAUUUUGGUUUCAAAUUCUUAAAUUUAUUUUUAGAGCUCAAAGCCUGUUAGCAUUUUUCUCUAAAGAGUUACCUAGAGUUUUCUUAUAAGGAUCAGGAUAGGUUCGGGAGGUAAUUGGUUAUUGGGUCUUAAGACAUCUUUAUCAGUGGCCCUCAUUAGCGCUGCAGUGCGCACGUUUCUCCGCACACGAAAAGAUUUGAGACGAGACGGGGAGAUGUUUGGUGGGGGUCUGGCACUAACAACAGUGCUAGACCCCUUGAAGACCUUUCGCCGGGCCUCGUACUUUCCCGCAGGCAGAGAAACAAUCGCGCAGAAGCACUUAAAACGAGGGCCUGCUCAUAAGCUAUAGUGGUACAAUAAGAGAGUGACGAACUGAAACCAGAAGGAAUAAAGCAUGUAGGUAACAAAUUGAACAGUGUGUUAAUUUUGCUCUGAUUUUAGUGCUUCGACAAAGACGAAAACCACUAAAACAUCUCAGAAAAAGAAAAGUAACAAAGGAACCAAAACAUACGAGUCUUCUCCGCGCUGGAAAAACAUUAACAUUGAAUUUGGAGCUGAUCUUGUCGGAGAUGAUCCGUAAGUGUAGUGUAGAGUGCUUUUAGGUUUCAUUGUACGUCUUGGUAGAAUUUGAAGUUUUGGUUAACUGCCAAUUAAUGUGUUGAGUUUACCGUGACAUAUUAAUACGUAUUUGAAAGAUUUUUAUCGGUUCAAUCACGAAUAACCUACUCUGGAUGUUUUUAUAAUUAUAGCAAAAAGGAUCAACAAAAGGGGAGAAGCACUCCAGAGAAGAAGCCGUCGUCCAGACACACUAAGAGCAGGUUGGAUUAUUUUCCUAUUAAUCAAAAACUACUUCUCGAACGUGAUUGGUUAUCACCAGGCCUAUUUUAGCAUUCAUAGGACAGUGUUUGCUUCAUGUGAGCGUCAUGUGAACGCGCUAUUGUCGCGCAUUUUGCCGAAUUAACAUCUUUUUCUUCGGUAUGACAACGUAUGACCGAUGGGUAGUGUGUUCCUCAAAUUAUGUCAUGGCUUUGAUUAAUUGGUAACAGGACUUCGUGUCGUCCAAUUCUGUCUGUAAUAGUACUCGCAAUUAACAAACACUCCUAUGAUCACAAACCGAAUCGGACUCCACUCAACCCUCUUAUCAUUACUUAUUGUUAUCACCAUAACCAUCAUCGCCAUAUUCACUAUCAUUGUUAUUAUCAACAUCAUCAUCAUCGACCUUUGUCAUCAAUAUCAGCCGCAUUGUUCUAAUAUCUCUGAAUAUAAAAUUUAUUAACCCAACAAAAUUCUUCUGUUCCAUAGAGAUGCGGGCAAGAACACGCGAGUAUCGAUGCGUUCACAAAUGAAAGGUGAUAUGGAGGAGGACUUCAGUGAGAGCUCAUCUGAAAGUGAGGAGGAAGAGGAGAGCCAAGACAGAAGACAGGUACGUGAACUUUACAUUAGAACUGUUAUUCGUUAUGAGAAAACUUUUAGUGGUAGACCUCAGUUCACACAGUGUUCUCCAUUUCAGGCAGUAACCGGUAACAUUUACCACCUGUAGUACCUCUUAUUACCGUUUAAAACUGCUUGGAAUUCUUGAAAAUUCAACUUGUAAAAGGAUUGCUUUACCGGUUUGAAAAUUUAUUUUACCUGUCAUGCUUAAAAUAAGAGAGAACACUGUUCACAUGGUAAUUUAGUAUUAUAAACUGAGAUUUUGGGAGGAAAUCGCUCUGACGAAGGGCUAACGCUCGAAACGUCAGCUUUUAAACUCUUAACGGUGGCCAAUUUACGUUAUCGACCCAGUUGAUAAUACUAAAUUACCCUGUUAUACUCUCCCACCGACGCAGCACCACAGUUUGUUUAGAAACUUGCCCAUUUAGUCAUUUCACAUGGGUGAAUACUAUUACCAUUAAACCUUUAGCUUGGAAUAUUUAUGAUAUAACGUUAGAUAUAUUUUUUCUUCGUAGGAGUCAAACGCAGACUUGCCAUCAGAAUACUGGCAGAUUCAGAAGCUUGUCAAGUAUUUAAAAGUAUGUAAAUGUUCAUAUACCUGUACUUUUAAAGCGCAUAGGAUCUGCAUUCUUACUGAAGCUAUCGAUGUGUUCAUUUUUAUUGAAAAUUUGCGUCGGAAAACACCGCUCUGAAUGACAUAUGAAUUCAUAGCACUUUUGGCGUCGUCGUGUUAAACGGACAUUGUGAGAAGGCGCGCGCCGUUUACCGUCAUUUGUCGCGUAGAAGUUAGGUGAAGGAAGUGUUUUGCUUUAUGAAAAUGCCGCUGUAAGACUGGCACCUGGCACACGCCCUUUCCUUUCCAUGUCCCUCUUACCUACACCCAUUGAAGAAAUUUUCAAUCAAUUGUCGAAAUAUAUUCUACGCUCUUUGGUUCAUCUAGAAAGCUUGUGCCAUUCUCUCGGCCAAUCACAUCACAGCCUUCAACUGAUCGCCCGUGUUUUCCCGCGCUUGUGAUCGCUCACGUGUAUUUACCUUGAGUUCCAAUUGGGUCAUGUGAAGUUAAUCUUUAUCUUGAUUGGCCGUUGUGGUUACGUGGUUUUGAAUCAACAACACCCUGUAAAAUGCGCUUUAUUGCAUCGAGCUUUUUCCAAGGCUUUUGUUAAAGUCCUCCUCCACUCAAAUGUGUUGAAUUAUUUCAUUGUAGAGCGGUAACCAGACCGCCACUAUCAUUGCACUGUGCGCCAUGAGGGAUUUCAACCUUCAACAAGAGACAUGCCAGCUAGCCAUCAGAGAUGUCGGUGGACUGGAAGUGCUGAUAAACCUGUUGGAAACUGAUGAAAUCAAAUGCAAGGUGAUAAACCCAAUCCAUAAUACUAUUCUCUGAAUUUAAACCGACCUCAAAAGCUCAUUAGUAGCAUAGAGGGCUUAAUUAAACCAACGAUUGCCUUUGAUACUGUAAGCUCUUCCUUCGGAAGUUUUGCUUUCCAACAUAGAUAAAUUAAUAUGUAUACGACUCCGCUAGCGCUUUAUGCGUAGAGGUUCCUCUUAAGGAGCUCUACCUAACGGUGCUUAAAAAUCUCUUCUUGUAUCUUUUAGAUUGGAUCUUUAAAGAUUUUGCGAGAGAUUUCGAGAAAUUCCCUCAUCAGAAAGGCUAUUGCUGACUUGGGAGGUAAAAAUAGUCUUUCUCUUCUAGUUAGGCUUGAAAGAUGUUUGUUGGUGUUCAUAUUAAAGAUAUAAAACGUUAGCUUAGAGAUCUUUUGCUGUUUCAACGACUGAACCACCAACGAUUAAGGAUUGACAAUGGGGUCAGAACAUCAAGCAUUUCUGGUUUAGAAGAUUGCACCACAGGUCGCUUACGCGCAAAACCUUGGGAAGUCAGUCGUAGCAUGCGAGCAGAUUUUUUAUCAGCGUUGCAAGACGCGCGUUUCCCGCCCGAGAAACGCGCGCCCUGCGUCCAGCGGAGAGAAGUUUGCUGGGGGUCUGGCACUGAUAAUGAAUGGCAGACCCCUUGCAGAACUCUCAGCGGCUCGCGUCGCUUAACCCUCUAACCCCUAAGAGUGUUUAGUAACUAUUUUCCCCUAUCAGUAUCACCCCAGAAACACACACUGACGUCAUGAGAAUAAAGGAAAUGAUCAGCAACUAAAGAAGCUAUUGAUUGUUAAACAAAUUCUCUUUGUUAGUACCGUAGGAAAUGUAUAGAGUACAGUAAGGAGAAAAUGCAUACUGAUGUUAGGGUGUUAAGGGGGUAAAAAACGUUUGUACCAAAGGGCUGUUAGUGAGGACCUAGUCGUAGGCUAAGUUAGUCGUAUCUUCGUUAUAUGUAUAUGUAAUGCUAGCUGGAAAUGGCGGGCUAAAAUAACUAUUAGUGUAGGAUACCGAUUAUUUUUUCCAGUAUAUAAAUUAAACAGCAUUAUAUUUCGUGUUCCAAGGUUUACAGACUAUGGUAAAACUACUUCAAGGCUUCAACGACGAAUUGAAAUGUUUAGCUGCUGAGACUAUUGCGCAUGUGGCGAAAUUCAGGAGAGCGAGGCGCACUGUCAGGCAAUAUGGCGGCAUACGAAAAUUGGUAAGUUAACGCUCCACACCGUAAUAUCAGAAUCCAUAUUCUCCCUACUUGUCUUCAUACAUGUCCUUUGGUACUGACAAGGAGAGUUCGUUUCACAAUCAAAGCCUCUUUUGUUGGUGAUCAUUUCCUUAAUUCUCUUGAUCCUAAUGAAUGUGUCAGAAGCAUUAUAUUUUGUAGAGGUAGGAAAAUGACACUUCUGGGACAGGACAAAACCAAGGAUAAAAAGAGAUUUUUGAGUCAAGCCCUGACCACUUUUUCCAUCCCUGGUUUUCCAUUGUCCCGGAAACUAUUAUUUAUACAACUACUACUGAGACAAGCGCGAAAAUCUCCUAUCACAAUUUUUUUGAAAAAUUAUGAUAUAUUAACUUGUCAAUCUUCAGCAUAUCCUCUCUCUCCACUGUAAGGAGAAAUUAGAUACUGGUCACUCUUAGGGUUUUAAGGAUUAAGGGGAAAAGAUUCUGAAGUACUAUUAGGCUUAGGCGAAGUCAGAUGUCCUUAAAGUUCCCAGGCUUUUCAAAGGUAGCUUCAGUAUUUUUCCUUUAAUAACAAGCCAUUUGAACGCUUCUAUUCGCGUGAUUUACACGCAUUUGAUUGACAGGUGUCACUGCUAGAUUGUGGAACCCUUGUGAAUGCAUCAGAUCUUGAAGCUGACGUUGCGCGAUGUGGAGCGCUCGCUCUGUGGAGCUGCAGUAAGAGUACCAAAAACAAGCAAGCUAUUCGAAAGGCAGGGGGAAUUCCUCUACUGGCCAGAUUGCUCAAGUCUAGCAACGAAGCCAUGCUCAUUCCUGUGGUGGGAACUCUGCAGGAAUGUGCUUCUGAGGUUGGUUAAAAUGAUGAAGCAGAAGUAGCUUCAAUGUUAAAAAAGAGCGAUUUCAAUUGAGUUUCGAAAGAAAUCCGUGAUUGCUUUGUUCUUGCUUCAGUUCGUCCUAUGAUUGGUCCAGAAAACUCGCACCACUCUCUCAACCAAUCAGAUGCAAAAUUAAAACGACUUGGUCGCCCGCGUUUUCCCGCGCUUUAGGCAGUUUGCUUGUUUUGCUUUGAGUUCUCAUUAGCUCUUAAAGGUAUUUUCCUAUCUUCUGACCGGCCGUUGUGAUCACUUUGGUUUGGAUUUACGUCACUCGAUUGAAAAGCGCUCUAUCGUCUUCAAAUUUGCUGUUUCAUCGGCUUUGAAUAAUUAAUGAUGCUCUCACUUCUUGCAUCUCGCGGGGCCGCACACAGAUGAAAAUUCUUAAUUCUAAUAAACUGGUUUUGUCGUUUCUUGUCAGGCUAGCUAUAGACUUGCCAUUCGCACUGAAGGAAUGAUCGAAGACCUCGUCAGAAACUUGAAAAGUGAAAACCAAGAACUACAGAUGCAUUGCGCCAGCGCCAUCUUCAAGGUGAGAACGUAACUGUGUGACACGUGAUAUCUCUGACUACUUUUUGUGACAUGUGACAUCAUGGACUCCAUUGUGUGACGCGUGACAUCCUUGCUCUCCUUGUGACAUGUUACAUCUUUGGCCGUAUUUUGUGACAUGUGACACAUUUGACUAUUUCUUGUUACAUCCUUGUGGUUUUUUGUCUUUCUUUUGUGACAUUCGAUCGAAAUGCGUUCAGAUCGUAAUAGCGAGUGCAGUGCUGUUUGAUACUCACUUUCGUAGAAGUAAUCAACAAUUAUUCAUCAAAAUGGGGGUGAACAAUUGUCUUAGUAUAUACUAUACAGAAAUCAAAUAAAACUCUUAACGCACGAUUUUGUCUCAUCGACUGCCCGGAGGUGAACAUUUCAUGCCAAUCACUUCUGAACGAGCCAAUCAGCGAGCGCGAAAAGCGCUAUUCGCCUGUGUGGUAUGUACUGAUGGUGUUUAUCUGCUCUGACGUUUUUCCCAACAGCCCUUAAAAUUCUUAAAAUCGGUUAGAAAUUCCCGUUAAAUGCCAAAGGAACAAUACAAGUUCUACUCGAAAAAACCCAAAUCCACUUUUUUUCGCGCGCGCGAAAAACAUAUUACGUCAUAAAAAUUUAAAUCGUUUGAAUAAACCAAUGAGCGCGCGCCUGAACAAUAAAAAUGAAACAAAGUCCGUAAUUGCGCGCGCCAUAGCGUAAGUACCAACUGAGUUCUUUCAAAGUUUUUUUUUUAUCAAUUCCAUAAAUGCAGAAUAGGUCGCAACAUUAUAUGUUCAUAUGUUUGUUUUCAGUGUGCCGAGGAUGACGAGACGCGUGAGCUUGUUCGAAAGUAUGGAGGCCUCGAUCCUCUGGUAUCGUUGUCGUUUAAUGUUGAGAAUAAAGAAUUAUUAGCGGCUGCCACUGGAGCCAUUUGGAAAUGUUCUAUCAGCCGAGAGAAUGUAACAAGGUAAAGAAAAAUAGAACCUGUGGCUUCUCCUCUGUGGCGUCUUGUUUUCAAAAGAGAAGGUGCUAAAUAUUUGUGCGGAGAAACUUUUGAGUAUAGGCGUGUACUUUAGAGUAAACCUCAGUUGCUAUGUAAUGCUGGAUCUCAAUUUGUUAAGGUGCAUGUAUACCGUAGGGAUUUAGAGUGCCGAUUUGAAAAGUGAAUUUUUGUACUAGAGUUUUGCGUCUCUCCGAACUGCCUAGAUGUAAAGAAAGACCGCAAACUGCGAUAUGUUGCUUAAAUUGCUCAGGAGAUUAAAGUGUUUAGCGACUGGUUUGGAUCCGUCCUUGUCAUUUCUCUUUACGCCGCGAAGGUGUUCUCGGAAUCAGUGAAUGAGAUUCGUUUCUAAGCUGUUUCCUUGACAACAGCUCUCGCAGUUAAUCGCCACUUUUUCCUGGUCGCCGCUGAACUAGGUUUUGGAAUAUGCUUCUUUUAAGUAUGAAUGAAAUGCAUGGCUGGCGUAGCGGCAAAGGAGACAUUUAAUACGCCUAUAUCUCAAGUAAUACCUCUAGUUUUCUUCGGGAUAAAUGCUUAAGAUGACAAGUGGUAAUUGUCGUAAUAUUUUCGUAUUAAAAAUAACAAUUGACCCCUCACCAACCUUGCGCUUAAACUGGUUCCUUUAUCGUAAGCUUAAGGCAGCAAGAAUAUCUGAGGAAGUGCUUGUUUUAAACAACUUAUUUCUCAGAUAUUUUCGUUGUCGUAAGCUUAAAAGCUUUUACCGACUGUCGCUUUCCUUAUGAAACUCAAGCCUUUUCUUUGACAACAUUUCAGGCAUGGAAACCUAUGCCUUAGUGCGAUAAUUUCAGAAAUGCAAGUAUCGCAAUGCAUUUUUGUAUCAGUUAAUGCCAUUGCCGUUUUUUUUCCCCACCAGAUUUCAAGAACUUAAAGCCAUCGAGCAGUUGGUGUCAUUGUUAACUGAACAACCCGAAGAGGUAAGUGAUUAUAAGCCUCACGUUUUUAACCCUGUAACUUCCAAGAUUUGAUUGUUAAUUAUCCCCUCUAGCUGCUACAUAUUUCCUUUUAAAUAAUUGGCAAGAAUAUGGUUUUAGAUCAAGAUAACAACUUCUACCUGAUAACUCUGAGUAUUCUCAUUACCUGUUUGCUGAACAAUGUAGAGAUAUUAUAGGGAGAAGUUACAUGUUAAUCACUUCCAGGAGUUGUAGCUAAGAUAUCGAACUAUUUGUCAUGUAAUACGCAGGUAUUAAUCAACGUCGUGGGAGCCUUGGGCGAGUGUGCCAAAGUCCCCGCAAACAGAACAACCAUCCGGAAAGCCGGUGGAAUACCUUCUCUGGUGAAUCUGCUGACCAGUACAAAUCAGGCUUUACUGGUCAAUGUUACCAAUGCUGUGGGAGCCUGUGCAACCGAGCCUGAUAACAUGGCGUGAGUAUUGGUGCUACUUUUUAUUUUUUGUUCUGAGCUAUCCAUUCUAGUGAAGACACAGCCCAACUGGGGUGGAGUGGAGAAGGGAGAAUUUGGUCCAGGUGGGUUGGAUGGGCAGGGAUGGUAAAGAUGGGGAAAUCAAUCUAUUUUGUUGACUUGUACGGAGAGAAAUGAUAUGACUUCAUUAUGCUUGAAUAUAGCCCUUUGUCAGCUUGGCCUUUUAAAAUAAUUGAAGAUUGAACGUCUGUUGAACAAGUAUAAAAUUAUCCGUUACCACAGUGAUACAUGUUGCGCACUAAGUCUCCUUUAGUUACUGUAGUAUUUCUAUAACCCUUCAAAAGGCUCUCAGUCCCAAUCCUGUCUGCUCCCUCGUCCACUUCAAUUGAAAUGAAUUCUUUUUUUUCUCUCCAAAUCGCUCGUAUUUUCGAGACGAAGAAUUGGAAAAAAACAUAGCUGUAUUUCAAAGGCGUUCGAUUCGCUUGUUAUUUGUUUUCAUCGGGUGAUAUGUAUAUUUGAACUUUCUCACCCUAGUAUCAUUGACCGUCUUGACGGAGUGCGUUUGUUGUGGUCCCUGCUCAAGUCUAAUAACCCAAAGGUUAGUUAACUAUCACUGUAUGUUCGUAAAAGGCGAUACAGGUUCGUCACAGUUAAAUGUUGAGCGCGCCAGUAAAAGUAGCACCGCGUAAAGAAAAAGCCAACAAGAAGAAGUGCAGAAGGAAAUAUCAUUCGUGCGCGCCGCAAGAGGAAACAGAAGCGCGUGAAUGAAGAGCUAACAUAGGUGUGUGUAGGAACAACUAACACAGGCUUGUGCGGAAAAAAAACUAGCUUUGGCGCGCGAAGGAUGCACUUUCCUAGGCGCGUGCUUGAAGAGCUAUUAUAAAAUGUUCAGAGAAAUGCGCGCGCCGUGAUUGGUCAGAACGUGUUCAUUAUAUUUCCUUAAAGCACGCGCCUUGCGUCACACGAGUGCACUGUUGGGAUAUAAUGCACGCAGCCUACUUCAUCAGUACGAGUGCGCGCAAUUCACGAUACAUUUCAUAAAAGAAAUAAAAAAGCUUGUUCCUCGAGCAUUGUUGAGUUAAAUAAGCACUUGGUCUUAAAAAUUCCCGCGUGCUUGUACGACUCAACAACGCACUCGGCGCAUUUUUUAUUUCUUUAACAUAAGGGCGCGUUGAAAGGAAGAACUGACAUAGGUGUGUGUAGAAAGUAGUAACAUAGGCGCAUGUAGAGAGGAAAAACUAACGUACGCGCAUGCAGGAAGAUAUAGUGAGGGUCUGCUUAGGAAGAACCAACAGAAGCGUGCGCAGGAAGAACUUACAAAGGUGCAAAAAGAAAGAUGAAACAUGGGCACAGGGAGGCGGAUCUCUAAGAGGCGCGCAGAGUAGAAACUAGCUCGAGCGCACGCGGAAGAACUAGCCUAUGCGCGCGCAGACGGAACUCGAAAAGAUCUAACUUUCAUCCAUUUAUCCAUGGGACAACUUAUAGAGGUACGCUCAGGAACAACUAAAAUAAGGAAUAUGAGGAACUUAUGAGGGGCGUGGUCCUCUCAUCUUAUCGACCCUUUGAUUUUAAUAUACACUAUUUUUUUUUCUUGCUACUCUGUAGGCUUCGGUAAACAGUUUCGCAAAUAAUUGAUAUCACACUCUUUUCUUACAGGUGCAGUCGAGUGCCGCUUGGGCCAUUUGCCCCUGUAUUGAAAACGCGAAGGUAAGCGAAGGAUUGAUCUUCCGUCCUUUGGACUUUUUGGUUCAAUGCUUUACCUCUGAGCGACAUAGAACUCGUUCGUAAACGGCUUGGCCAUUCCUAAGCUCAUACUUGACAUGGGUCUUGCAGACUUCAAUGGGGCUCUGCGUGUACACGUAAAUGGGUAAAGAUAAAUCAAACCUUUUGGGCUCUUUCGUACAUGCCUUUUAAAAACUGCAGGAUCAGCCUGCAUAUGUUCGAAUUAUUUCAUUGUUACAGAUUCCAUAUUUUAAUGUAAGCUCCGUUCAUUCACCUCUUAGGACGCUGGAGAAAUGGUGCGAUCGUUUGUUGGGGGACUGGAACUGAUUGUUAGCUUGCUGAAGUCCAACGACAGAGAGGUAUUUUCAUAUAUCACUCCUUUAAGCCUUUACACCCUAACAUCAGUAUGCAUAUUCUCCAUUCUCUUUCCCAUACAUUUCCCAAGGAGCUGACAAGGAGAAUUUAUUUUACAAUCAAUAUCUUCCUUAACUGGUGAUCAUUUCCUUUAUUCUCGUGACCCUAAUGUGUGAUUCAGGGAGAUAUUGUGAGAAGAAAUGAGAUACUAGUUACUCUUAGGGGUUAAAGUCCCAGACGUGAUCAAAUCUAACUUUUCUAACAAUACCAGCUCAUUACUUAGCAAAAAAAAUUAUGCAAAUGAACAGAGCUAUCGGCUCUAUGGUGUCAUAUUGAUAUAACACCAAAUUCUCUUCACUGUUUUUCAACCAAGUGUUUAGUAUCCAGAAGGGAGAAUUUGCUACGCAGAUAUUGGGAGACUAGGGGCUCUACUUAGAGUCGACCUACGCUAUACCCCUUUCCAUACGUAAUCGUUACUUGAUCAAAGUUAGAGCGAUGUAAUUCGUUAUGACAAGGAACGAGUCUUGUGGUAGUGCGUUUCAGACGCUCAAUUUGUAGGGAGUGGUAAGGUAGCGGGUGAGCGAGGAAAAAAAAGGUGGAUUGGGAGACAUGAAAGUCGUUUCUCCGUUUACCAAGGCGCUGGCGCAUGCUGGGUCGGAGAAUGCAUGAAAAUGACGGUUUUAUUAAUUUUUUAUUUCACCCUUGCAGGUUUUAGCGAGUGUUUGCGCAGCCAUUGCUAACAUAGCAAAAGAUGAAGAAAACCUUGCGGUCAUCACAGAUCAUGGUGUGGUACCCAUGCUUGCAAAACUGGCGACGACGGUGAGAUGAAUCUGUUGCAAUAAACUGCUUGAACGUGUUUAUCCAUCGAAUUUACUUUCGAGCUUGAGAAUUAGCGAUCCUAUAGUGAGCGUAAAAAUGAUAACAGUGGUAUGCGUGGGGAGUUUUAGACCAGAGGUUGGCAUUAGUAGACACGUAACUGGUUUAGAGCCCUUUUCGAUUGGGUGUCAUAAAAUGAAAACCAAAAUUGUCAUUGCAGCCAAUCAGCGGAAAGGAAAAUUGCACAACGGGCCAAUGAGUAUUCAAGUCAAAGUAAGCAAACUGCUCAAAGCGCGGGAAAACGCGUGUGACGAAGUGGCGAUUGGUUUUGGUUUUGAAUCUGAUUGGCUGAGAGAAUGGCGCGAGUUUUCUGGACCAAUCACAGAGCGUAGAAAAGUAAAACCAUUAUAAUCCUUGAUUGCUUUAGACACUCAAUUGAAAAUUGAUCCCAACUCAACAAAUGUUAAACAUACGAACGUUUCGCUCCUGGAGACUUACUGUAUCUUAUCUAGGUUAUAAUGCUAAACUCAGUUAUGCUUCACUUCAAUAGUAAUCUCAACAUUUAUUCAUUAUUUUGAAUUCAGACUGAUGACCGUUUACGUCAGUACCUAGCGGAAUCGAUAGCUAGGUAAGUACGAUUUUAAAGAAGAACAGCAUUUUUAUUGACUUAUUACCAAGAUCAAAACAAGUUGGAAGGAACUGUCUUAACACCCGAGGGAGAUUCACUUGUAAAAAAGACUGAUGAUUACGUAAAGCAUCCUCUUCGGGCAAACGACUUAUGCCGAUGGAUUUUAAGAUCUUUAUUAGAGUCUUAAGUUCUUUUCUAGUCAUGCAGCUGCGCGGCUAUCGCCGGUUGUUUCAGGUCAUAGAUCAGCGCGUCAAGGAGACCUGGUGGCGAGGUUCUCUGUCACGUGGCCUACUGGACUUUUCCUGAGAGGCCAUAAAAAAAUAGCGUAUGGGUAGAGAGGAUGACUCACAUUUACCCAGACUGUGGAAAAUCUAAUAGAACGAUAUGAGUGCAAAUAACAACACCGCAAACUUUGGUGCAUUGAUAUCAUGUUGACUUUGAUAACAGUACAUUUAUCGUUGAUUUUCUGAACUUGUUAGAUGCUGUACUUGGGGAAACAAUCGAGUCGCUUUUGGCCAAGCAGGAGCUGUGCCUCCAUUAGUAUACUACCUAAAGUCAAAGAACCCGGAUGUACACAGGGCUACCGCGCGUGCGCUUCAUCAGCUGUCUCGUGAUCCCGAUAAUUGCAUCUCUAUGCAUAACAGCGGUGUCGUUAAGGUAUUUUUUAUUUCAUGCUGUUGAUGUUGUUUUUAUUUAAAUUUCAUUUAGAAGAGACCAAAGUAUUUAUUUAUGGUCUUCUUUUACUCCCCGUCUUUUUGUUAGUAUCUUCUUGAAAUGGUUGGAUCGUCCGACGAAGUUCUCCAAGAGGCCGCUGCUGGUUGCCUUGGCAACAUCAGGAGACUUGCAUUAGCCAAUGAGAAGGCUCGAUACAACUGAUCCGGGCGGCCUUGUUGUUAACAUCAUCUAGAUGAUGGAUGAAUGAUUAUUUUCUUACCUUAAAAAAAAAACUCGAAGCUCUAAUGUUAUAAAUGUCUUUCAGUCAUAAUAUCCUCGUAAAACCAUCUCGAAUGCGAUUCUUAUGUUAAUCUGUAAUAUAGAAAUAGUACUGUGUUCCAAUUACCUGUGAAGAGUUGCUGUAUUUUCAGGUUAGGUGAGAGGGAAUUGAUUUUGUUUUAUUUUCUUUAAGGUAAAACCUGAAUAAAAUAUUUAUUUCUUAAGUGGUGACAUAUCUUUAUAUUUUAGUUGCUAAUGAUGUGUCCAACACUUCCAUUAUGAGACAGUGAAACAAACUAGACUUAAGUAAUAAACAAAGGGGUAAGUUUCUAAAGAAACUGUGGUGCUGCGUUGGUGGGAGAGUAUAGCAGGUAAUUUAGUGUUAACAACUGAGUUGAAAACGUAAAUUAGCCACCAUAAAGGGUACAAAAGCUGAC